AUGAGUGCUAGCAAGGACAAAGAAGAAUCUUCACCUCGUCUUGCAGAGACCAUGCUUUAUACGUCAGAAGAACUUUCCUCCGGCUCUCCAUCGAUUUACCGCCUUCGCAUGAGAGACGAAAUGAGACGCGGAGAAGCAAUGAUUGCAAAACAAUCCAUCGGUAAACCUUACCGUAUCGGGCGCGGAGAAAUUGAGAAAGUGUUCAUGGUGGUAGGAGCAACAGGAGCUGGUAAGUCUACUUUGAUCAAUGGUAUGGUCAACUACGUUCUAGGUGUGCAAUGGAAUGAUGAAUUCCGCUUCAAGCUCAUCACAGAAGAGUCCAAAGCUUCACAAGCCCACAGCCAAACUCAGUACAUAACAGCAUACACAUUUUAUCCCAUGAAAGGCUCAGCAGUCCCCUUUGCAUUUACAAUAAUCGACACUCCUGGUUUUGGUGGAACGGAAGGACUAGAGAGAGACAAGAAGAUCACUGAACAGAUAAAAGAGUUCUUCUCCAUUGCCCCACCUGAUGGUAUAGAUCAUCUCGAUUGCAUUGGGUUUGUUGUCCCGUCUUCUCAGCCACGUCUUACUCCAACGCAGAAGUACAUAUUUGACUCAAUACUGUCCAUAUUUGGAAACGACGUUGCCAAAAACAUAUUCAUGAUGAUAACAUUUGCAGAUGGCCAGCGCCCUCCCGUCUUAGAGGCAAUCAAAGAAGCUAACAUCCCAGGCGGAGGUGAAAGGUUCUUUAAAUUCAACAAUUCAGCUCUUUUUGCAGAGAACAAAGACUCCGAUUUCGAUGAAAUGUUUUGGAAAAUGGGUCUCUCCUCGUUUAGGAAGUUCUUUGAAGAGUUCCCCAAGGUAGAAAGCGUCAGCCUGCGCCUUACUAAAGAAGUUUUACAAGAACGUGAAGAGCUCUACUGUUUGGUAGAAGGCCUAAAUGACCAAAUUACUCUUGGCCUAAACAAGAUUGAAGAGAUACGACAGGAGGAAAUCGUGCUCCAACAACGCGAGAAGGAGAUUCAAACAAAUAAAGAUUUCACCUACAGCAUUGAUGUCACGAAACCAGUCUACACCAGCCUAGAAGGAACUGGCCAACACACCACCACUUGCAUACCUUGUAACAAAACAUGCCACAAGGACUGCAAGAUUCCUGAUGAUGACAGAAAGCAGAGAUGUUGGGCCAUGGAUAAGUUGACGGGAGAAUGCAGGAUCUGCCCACGAAAAUGCCACUGGUCAGAGCACAAGAAUCGCCCAUACCUGAUCGAAUAUAAAACAGAAACUGAGACAAGAACAGUCGAGGACCUGAAAAAGAAAUACCACAGAGCCGUGAAAGAAAAGGCCACUUCUGAAAAAAUGAUGAAAUCGAUAGAAGAAUCUCUUCAGAAAGUGCACGAAGAAGUCCUCACCAUGAUCAAAAAAGCUCAACAAAGCCUUCGUCGCUUGGAUGAGAUUGCCCUCAAACCCAACCCUUUGACUCAAGUAGAUUACCUGGAGAUUCUAAUCGAAUCCGAGAAAGCAGAAGCCAAGUCUGGAUGGAAACAACGUGUGAAAUAUCUUGAAGUCGCCAAAGGUCAUGCCGAAACACUGUCUAAAGUAAAAGAUGAGAAAGAAAGCCAAAAUCUUAUCAAAAAGUUGUCCAGAGAUGUGGAUGUCCAGGAAGAGGAAAAGACAAGGGAUGCAAUGGAGAAAUUAUCCCUCAGUGGAGAAAAAUGGUACCAUCGCUUCAAGUUUUGGUAA